GCUAAGUUGUUCUUAUACAUUUAUUGAAACCGAACGUAAGCAAAGUGUGUAACGCCCAACAAUGUUUGCCUUACAAAAUCUUUUUUUAAGAAAUAGUGAAUUAUUUCUAAAAGUAAGAUUAUUCAUUUAUUGUUUGACAUUUGCUCAUCUUAAUGUAAUGGCAGUGAUCUUAUUGAAUAAAGACUUGACAUCGUCUGAGGACCCAAAUCUUAUAAUUUACAUGAAGCUUAAAUGGAAAUUAAUCACGACUUGGUUUAAUAUUCUAACAAUACCAUACAUCUUUUUAUGCAUUUACUGCGACUGGCGGGAACUCACAAAAGCAAAUGUUCCGCAUGUAAAGGCGUUAAAGAAUAUUAGAGAUUUUUAUUUCACCAAUCUGAUCCUUCCAGCUACGUUGUUUCCAGACAUCUUAUUCUGGAUCAUAUGGAAUACAAACAGAGAGCUAUUGAUGCCACUUUCUGUUGACAAGUACGUGUCGUUGUGGGAGCAACAUAGCAUGCAUACAGCCUCGCUUGUGUUUGUAAUAUUGGACCUAGUAUUGGUUCCUCGACGAAAACCUAACAAUCAUAAAUGGGGCAUUAUCAUCCUCUCUACAUACAUCGGCACCUAUAUUUUAGUGUGUCUUCAAAGCCUUUUUCAAAGAGAAUACGUGUAUCCAGGUCUCAAGAUACUUUCAACGUUUCAACUUAUUCUUUUUGGUGCAUAUUGUAUCUUGGGCCACUUUUUCUUCUACAUUGGCCAAUGGUUUGUUAUUGAUUUACUUUGGAAUCAAAAAAGUAAUGUCAAGGCGACUGAUUGAAUCUAAUUUUUAAUGCCCAUCAAUAAAGAGAUUUCAUUGAACUAAUUUCCUGUGAUUUUUUAUAAAAAUAAAUUUUAUAACAGUUUUUGGCCAUAUUAUUGUCUUUGCAGAUAAACUAUAAGUUUUUUUACUAUUAUCGCCGCUAGAAAUCUUUUUCACCGUCUUCAGCCAGUAAAAGUCCACAGCUGGGACCUCUCACGUAAUAAAAAUUACAGAACCAGACGACUCGAAACUAUAGCACUCCUACGAUUCAUACCUAGUAUUUUACGUCUGGAGAAUAACGUAUAGUGUUCGCCAUUUAUUAGAAGUAUUUGAGUUCUUUCUGACAGUUGCCUUAAUUAUCUCAUACGACACCCACGAAACGAAAUGUGGUGAUGGAUUCUCUUAAGUUACCACCAUACGAUAAGUGCCUUAGGACAAUGAAUUAAUAUUAUGCCGCAAGCGAGCAAGCAAAAUAUCUUGUCAUGUUCAAACUGACUUUCAUUAAUUAAUAGUAUUAUAUAAAUACAAAUUGUUUGGCAAAGAUAUUUUAUAGGUCUAGAUACCGUGUUGCUAACACACCGCAACGUUCAUAAUGAAGACAGUCUUUGAUUCAUGUGUGCGUGAGUACCACGUGACGCGCAUAUCUUACGCACCAUGGCUGCAUUAAUGUGCGUGACUUCGGUAAUAACAGUGCGAAUCGAUUACCCAAAAAAUGUGGGAGAUUUUAUAUUUCAUUCCUAUUGAAGUACCUAUUGAUUCUAAGAGUAUAAAAUGUGUGUGCGUGGCGUGUGCAUUUGUGUGUGUGUGUGUGUGUGUGUGUGUGUGUGUGUAUGGGGAUAUGGUUGCUUAUGUGUGUUUUAUGUAGGUACGAACAUUGCAUUAAAAUAUUGAAGAUAUGUAAAAAACCUAUAAUUAAUGUAACAGUUAAAAUAAAUAAAAAAGCACAGUAGAUAUUUAUGUAUGUAACAUAUUUAUAAUCUAUUAUUACUAUAUACAAAGUACUACACUUUUGUACUGUAGAACACAAAUUAUUGACACUUUUUACGAAGACAUUAAAUUAUUUUUCAAUCCUAAGUAAAAUGACGAAAAAAGUAAGUUUGUAAAAAAAAAGUAAGUUUUAAGCGUAAACUUCAGCCAAGAGAUAGCAAAAUGUUUAUUUUUUCUAAAUUGCUCCGUUCCGUUGCUGCGUGAAGGAAGGACAAAAACAAAUAAACAAAAAAAUCACACUUUCACAUUUAUAAUAUUAUCAUCAUCAUCAUCAUUACAGCCCUUCACAAGUCCACUGCUGAACAUAGGCCUCCCCCAAAGAAUGCCACAAAGCACGGCCCUGAGCCACCUGCAUCCAUCGACUUCCUGCAUAUCUUACCAGGUCGUCACUCCAUCUAGUGGGGGGACGCCCUACACUUCGCCUGCCGGUACGAGGCUGCCACUCGAGAACCUUUCUUCCCCAUCGGUUGUCGGUUCUUCGAGCUAUAUGGCCGGCCCAUUGCCACUUCAGCUUACUAAUCCGUUGGGCUAUGUCGGUCACUCUAGUUCUACUGCGGAUAUCCUCAUUUCUGAGUUUAUCACGCAGAGAAACUCCGAGCAUAGCCCUCUCCAUAGCUCGCUGAGCGACCUUGAGCUUCCUCAUCCGGCCAGCAGUGAAGGACCACGUCUCAGUUCCGUAUGUCAUCACUGGCAACACGCACUGGGUGUACAGUCUCGUUUUCAAGUUUUGAGGUAUACCUGACGAGAAGAUGUGCCGUAAUUUCCCGAACGCUGCCCAACCGAGUUGAAUCCGUCGAUUGACCUCUCGGUCGAAGUUGGACUUACCUAGUCGGACUAUUUGUCCCAGGUAAACCUCGUCAACAACUUCGAGCUUAGUGUUCCCAACAACUACCGGCAUAGGUGUGACAUGGACAUUAAACAUGAUCUUUGUUUUGUCCAUGUUCAUCUUAAGACCUAUCCGUUGGGAAACACUAUUGAGGUCAUUGAGCAUAGUGCUUAGGUCCUCCAGCGAUUCUGCCAUAAGGACUAUAUCGUCGGCAAAUCGAAGGUGAGUGAUGUACUCGCCAUUGAUGUUGAUACCGCAUCCUUUCCAGUCCAGAAGCUUGAAAACAUCUUCCAAUGCAGCGGUAAAGAGUUUCGGGGAUAUGACGUCACCCUGUCUUACACCUCUCUGCAAUUGGAUAGGUUUCGUACUCUGGUUCUGUACUCGGAUAGCCAUCGUAGCCCUACUGUACAAGCACUUCAACACUUCGAUAUACCGACAGUCAACUUGGCAUCGCUGAAGGGACUGCAGCACCGCCCAAAUUUCGACGGAAUCAAAGGCUUUCUCAUAGUCCACAUACGCCAGACAUAGUGGCAAAUUGUACUCCUCGGACUUCUGUACAAUUUGCCGAAGGGUAUGUAUGUGGUCUAUGGUGCUAAAGCCUUUUCGGAAACCGGCUUGUUCGGGAGGCUGGAAGUCGUCAAGUCUGCGCGCGAGACGAUUCGUAAUGACUCUCGAAAACAGCACGUAGACGCGGCUCAGAAGGGAAAUCGGUCUGUAGUUUUUCAAGAGAGCGUUGUCGCCUUUCUUGAAGAACAAGACCACCGCACUUCUGCUCCACGCCUGCGGUGUAAUGCCACCAUGGAGGACGGAAUUAAAGAGCUUCUGAAGGACUUCAAGUACCGGUUUUCCACCCGCUUUCAGAAGCUCCGCUGUAAUUCCAUCCUCGCCUGGGGCCUUGCCGUUUUUAAGGUGCUGGAGAGCCAUUCUAAUCUCGCUCAGACUGACGUCCGGGAUAUCAUCGGAAUAAUGUCGGAUAAGACUCGCUCUUGGAUCGUUACUCACACUUGCGUGCGGCUCCAACGAUGACGUGUACAGCUGCCCAUAGAACCUCUCAAUCUCACUCAAAAUCUCAGGUGCCCCGGAAACGAUGCUGCCACACUCUGUCUUCAGCUCUGACAGUUGGCGCUUUCUGGCAGACAGAUCUCUGGCAAAGACUUUGGAGCCUUGGUUCCGCUCGAUCGCUUCUUCAAUACGAGCUGUAUUGAAUUUGCGUAGGUCCCGCCGCAUGCAUUUGGAGAUCUGUCUGUUCAGUUGCCUGUAUGCUGUUAAAUCUGUUGAAGAAUGUAGCUUCAUCUCCCGUCUAACAGCCAUGAGAUUAAGAGUGUGAUCGGAGAGUUUUUGUGUUCUUCUGCGGCGGGUCUUGCAGAACUUAGCUCCGACCGCAUGGACAGUUUCCACGAGCUUGUCAUUCAAAUCGUCCACUUCAUUGCAGUCUUCUAGGCACUGAAAACGGUUUUGUAACUCGAGCUGAAAGGUUUCGGGACUUUGGAUUAGAGCACGAGGGGGACGGAGCGUUGACUUCAUUAGACGAGACCUCUCCAACUUAACGUUUAGGUUCAGUAUAAUAUUAUAUUAGUAUGAAUUGUCAAGAAUGAUAGAUAAACUUUUAAAACCGGUUUACAAUCGGCUUUUUGAGGGUGGAACUAUACCGGUUACACUAUAACGGUUCUGAGUGACCAAAAAGGAUAGAAGCACAGGAAAGUGCAAUUUCAUGCUGCCAGAUGUAGUUCGACCCUAACCCUUAAAACGGUUUAACUCUAUAGGUUGGGUAAAAUCUGUAAAAUUAGACUGUUUAAAACCCCUAUACAGAUAACCUUUGUGGUUGAUCAUGACAUUAAAAAAUGGUAAAAACAUUUCAUAGACUAGGCAACACUCGAAUAUUAUUGCGCAGUAUUAUUACUUGUAUUGACAUUUAGCUUUCGUAUUCUUUUACAAAGAAAUACACCAUAAAAUUGUAUAGUUACUAAUGAAAAGUGAUGUUCUUAUCCUUAUCUUUUUUCUAAGAGUAAUUUUUAAAUGAUUUCACAGCAGAAACAGUCAUUUUGCGAAAUAUAAAAACUCCGCUGCGUGACGUAUGUUCACAGCGAACGUCGCUGGCGUAAUGGCGGAACGAUCGAACGAAUACGCCAAUAUUGGCGCCUUUGAAAUGGAAGCGUUUUAGUUGCGCGUACAUGGUAUCUGGACCUAUAAAAUAUCUUUGUUGUUUGGAUAUAAAAUUUGCCUUUACUAAUUUUAUUAUAUACAAUAUUAGAAACUAU